AUGCAGCGGGCGCGGCCCGCGCUGCCCAUACCGCUGCUGCUGCUGCUGCUCUCGGGACCCCUGCCCGGGGCGGCGGCCCCCAGGGACCCCGUGGACGAGUGCCACCAGCAGCUGCCGCUGGCCCGGAGCGCGGCGUCCUGGAUCGUGGGAGGCCACGAGGCCCCGGAGGGAGCGUGGCCGGGUGUGGUGAGCCUGCAGGUGCUGAGGGGAGGUGUUCGCUUCAUGCACCUGUGUGGGGGCGUGCUGCUGAGCCACAGAGCUGUGCUGACCGCCGGGCACUGCGUGGACGGACGGAUGGAUCCGUGCUCCUGGCGAGCCGUGGUGGGCGCGCACAACCUGCACAAGCACGGCCCCUACACGGCGAGGAGGAGGAUCAGGAGGAUCAUCGUGCACUCGCAGUUCAAGAGGGAAACCUUUGAGAACGACGUGGCGCUGUUGGAGCUCAAAUCAGCGGUGCGCUACAGCCUCUACAUCCAGCCCAUGUGCCUGCCCCCGGCUGCGCUGCUGCCGCCCCUGGAGAACAGCUCCGACUGCUACAUCAGCGGCUGGGGACGCAUGGCCGAGAAGGGUAAAACCUCCUCUGUGCUAAGAGAAGCCCAGGUGGGGAUCCUCCCUCACAGCUUGUGCAACAGCUCCGAGGGGUACGCGGGGCUCGUGAACGACAAAGCGCUCUGUGCUGGCACCUGGGCUGGAGGCACUGACAGCUGCCAGGGUGACAGCGGGGGUCCCUUGGCCUGUUACCACCCUGACACCGACAAGUUUUUCCUGGUUGGCAUCGCCAGCUUCGGCGUGGGCUGCGGCCGCCCGCGCUACCCCGGCAUCUACGUGCGCCUGUCCCAGUACAGAACCUGGAUCAAAGCAAAACUGCUCUUGAUUAACAGCACCUGGAACCCCGUGGGCAGCACCCUCAGCAUCCUCCUGGCCGUGCUUCACGCGGCGCUGGCGCAGAUUUUGUGAAAAAGGGGAAACGUGAGAAAGGAAAAAUCCAGCUCCCCCUCCUGACUGCCAAUAAAACCAAGAGGCAAAGGAUGUGCACUUACUUUUUAGGAGUUAUGUUUGCCAUUGUGUUUUUUGUUUCCUGCCUCUCAUAUCCACGCUGACAGCAGUGGAAAUUGUAACAGCCUCGGCACUAAUGAGGAAAAUUGGAUACAGAAAUGUCAUCGAUUGGA